UCCCCAGACUGAUUGACUGAAUCCCCAGACUGAUUGACUGGCUCAUCAGUCAAAGCAGAGCCAGCUCUGAAUCUCUGAUCCGCCGUCGCCGUCGCCGUCGCCGUCGCCGUCGCCAUGGGAUCCCACCGCCACUUCCUCGACGACCCCUUCUUCCCGUUCCCGCCGCCGCCGCAACCCUCCUCCUGCCCAUUCCUCGACUUUGACAGCACCUCCCCGUUCCCCGACCUCGACCUCUUCCUGCCCCCCAGCGACCCCUCCCCCUCCCCCUUCCUCCUCCGCGUCCUCACCGACCGCGUCGCCGCUCUCGAGCUCGCUGUCGCCGCGCGCCGCCCCGAGCCCACCACCAGGAAGUGCACCUACGUCACGGAGGCCGGCGGCCGCAAGGUCAAGUGGACGUCCGUCCAGAGGCCGCGCGCGGGGGACCGCACGCUCAAGUGGGAGGCCGAGGUCAGGUCCCCCAACCACGACGGCUUCGACUGCAAGUGGAAGUGGGAGGCCAAGGGCGCCUCCGCCGCCGCGCCAAGGAAGCUCAAGUGGGGCGCCGCCGUUAAGGGCAAGGGCUCCCUCGAGCCCUGGUCGCAGGCCUACACAUGGGAGGAGGACUUAACCGACGACGACGACGACGACGAGGAGAAGGCCGACAGCAACAAGACCAAGGUCGCCGACAAGAAGAAGAAGAACAAGAACAAGGCCGUCAACAAGGAGAAGAAAUGCCCCGUCGCCACCGUCAAGAUCGAGGAGAUCUCCGACGACAACGAUGCCGCCGGAUGCGUCGCCAUCAGAAAGGCUUUUGCUAAGGGCAAUGGCAGGGGAAAGAGGAAGGAGCUGUCCCCGCAGGAUGCUGCAUUGCUUAUCCAGAUGACCUACCGGGCUCACCUUGCUCACCGCUCCCAGGUGCUUCGCUGCCUGCGUGAUCUGGCUGUGGCCAAAGCCAAGCUCAAGGAGAUCAGGUCCCUCUUCUAUAACAUCUCUUACAGGCGCCGCCUCGCUAAUGACCAAGAAGAGCGCCAAAGGUUCUCUGAGAAGGUCAUUGUACUGCUCAUCACUGUGGAUGCUCUUGAGGGACCUGACUACAUGGUGAGGGUUGCCAAGAAAUCUAUGCUAGAAGAGCUCGAAGCAAUGCUGGAGGUUGUGGACCCUCAGCCACCGGGGAAGCAGAGGUCACUGAACCGCAGGAAGUUUGAUCUCCCGGAAGCUGGAGCAGUCUCCGUUGAGAAGACGGCUGGUGUGAACAAGGCCGUCAGGAUCAUCCAGGAGGGCAAGUGAUGCAGACUAGAGGCAGCCACCACCUUGUUAAUGGUUGGAUAUCAUGCCUUCAUCCUGUUGAAAGCUUGUAGAAGCAGCAUAUAUCUAUUAAUCUACCAUCAUCUAGCUAGGAGAACUUGAGACCUGAGAGACAGACCUCGAGGAUCUAUCUCUGCACUUUCUUGUACCUCUACUGUUAUUCAUGUGUUACUAUGAACCUAUAAUAUGCUGCUAGGCAAUCAAUUUGAGCUUUAGAAUAUGUGCCAUCCUGUUCCCAA